AUGGGGAUGUGGGACGCGUAUUUGCGUUACAGCGAAUGGCUGGCCCGCAAGAUGGUCGCUCUCCCGUUUCCGGAGUGGCUGACCAAGUUGUCGUACGGCAUCGGGCACACCCUCAACAAUGCCUUCCAGCUGACUCAGGACGAGAGCACUGGGAGGCGGUACAUCAUGCUCUACUUCCUCGUCCUGACUCUGGGCAUGGUGCUGCUCAUUGCGCACCAGAUCGGCGCCCUCUCUCCGGUCAAGCUCAAGGAGACCUGGAUCGGGCCGUGGGUGUUCAUCUACAAGGAGGUCACGGGGCCGUACAAGAAGACCGCCAAGGUGAUGGACGAGGUCAUGAACGACUACCGCGAGUGGUACAACAACGAAGACGCGCUCAGGCGCAGCAGGCGCGAGGGAGAGACAGAGGAGGAGGCCGCGGAGCUACGCGCAGCCGAGCUCGCCGAGACCGACCCCGACACCGACAAAUUCGGGCUGUAUUUCGACAACCCCCGGGAGGUGAAGAACCCGGGGCGGCUGCGGUCGCUCGCGGGCGUGGCGGUGAACCUGAACGCGAUCGAGCUGAAGCGCGAGGCGCGGGAGAACAAAGUGACCGUCGAGGAGGUCCUGGAGGACAUGCGCAAGCUCCACAGGCGGCCCGCGUACAUCAAGGAGAAGGGGUACAAGGUCCGCGCGCUCGGCAUGACCAAGGUCACGAAGGUCGACUUCCCGAUCUUCUGGCUGCCGGUCUCCGCGUUCCUCGGAAUGCUAAAGGUUUACCCGCGGCUGGCGCCCGAGGCGCAGCGCGUGAUGAAGACGCCGGGGAUCUUCGAGUUCUACUGCACGCACCCGGACAAGAACGUGAUUGUGUACGCCGUGCCGCACGAGGAGCGCAAGAGCAUGACGCCCUUCGCCAUCCCCGUGGAACACCACGAGGGCGAGCAGAUGGAGAGCCGCAAGGACAGGUGA